UGGGAUCUCGGACAGGUUGAGUUUUUUAGCGAUGCUUUAGCAGGAUUCUUUUAGAGUAAGGGGGCUGAGUGAUCAUAGCAUUCGGUUUCGGUUUGUAUUAGAGGUGCUGGGUAACUCGGGGUGGUUGUUGCACACUGUCCCCUGCUUGACAGAGUUCCCUUGUGUUCAUCUCCUUUCUUUUGUGAAUCCGUGUUCAUUACCACUACAGAUUCCGAGGGAAGUGGAUUCCAUUUUUUUCGUAUUUCAGGUCUCUCCGCCUCCCUCAUUCUUUUUCUCUCUCUCUCUUUGCUCUCUACCGAUCUUUCCCUCUCUCUCUUUUCGCUCUUUGCUUGUAUUAGCUCUGAGGGUUCAGUGUGUGGUUUCGGGCCGUUAUCCGGGGGGAGAUUCGUCAGCCUGCUCGCAAAGUUAGCCCGACCGAACUACAUCCUGAGAGCAGAGGAACGGCCAGUGCCGGGGCAUCGAGGAAUGAAGUGGAACUUUUCUGUUGGUCCUUUGGCUCCGUGAUUGUGCGUGGUGGCGAUUCGAGGCAAAUCAUCUCCCUUGAUCCUGUGUGAACGAGGGCGGAGAGGGGGGUCGGAGUGAGUGGACCCCUCUAUCAGGACAAUGUGUAUUUCCCAAACAGUUUAGAGUAUUCAUGAGGUUACGCAAAUGUGGAGGCAGCAAAAUUACCGUAAUCAAUUGAAGCGGCGAGCAUGUGUCCGUCCACAGCUCUGAUUACCCGGAGAUCAGCCUGAUGUGAAUGUUACAAGGAGAGGAGCUGUUAAAUUGCUGUUGAAUUUGGGUGAGAAGUCUAUGAUCAUUGGGCAAGUGAGUCUGCACAGAGAUAAUAGGGCAGAUCAGUGGACUGGGCAAGUGCUGGUGGCACAUUAGCUAUCUGACUCUGACUCCAAGCUGCUGUUUUACAGAAAGACCAAACCUAUAUUACCCAGAAUAAGCAGUGUGUGUCCAUACCCAAACAGUUAUUUCUUCCCAACAAGGAGAAAAAGAAGGAGAAAUCUUUGCAGAGGAUAAGUGACUAUGGAAGUCCGCUACAGCCAAGACUCAGAGUCCGGAAUGCUGCUGAAGAAUGGACUAAAAGAGGGGAAGGAGGGAAAGGAUUCUCAGGGGAACAUUUCAAAAACGUUCCUGAAGGACCAGCAGGAGUCCUUCUCUCCAUCCGGACCAGUGGAAAACUGCGAAAAGAGCCGGACAAGCUCAGGAGAUCCUGACUACUGCCGUAGGAUUCUAGUUCGAGAUGCCAAAGGUUCGAUUCGAGAGAUUAUUCUCCCCAAGGGUUUGGAUCUAGACCGACCAAAGCGUACUAGGACCUCGUUCACAGCAGAACAGCUGUACAGACUGGAGAUGGAGUUUCAGCGGUGCCAGUAUGUUGUGGGACGGGAACGAACCGAACUUGCCCGACAACUUAACCUGUCUGAAACUCAGGUGAAGGUGUGGUUCCAGAAUCGCCGCACUAAGCAAAAGAAGGAUCAAGGGAAGGACUCAGAGCUGCGCUCCGUGGUCUCUGAGACAGCCGCCACCUGCAGCGUCCUCCGUCUCCUGGAGCAGGGCCGGCUCCUCACUCCCCCAGGCCUGCCAGGGUUGCUGCCCCACUGCGGGAGCUCGUCACUAGGCUCAGCCCUGCGUGGGCCGUCCCUGGGCAUCACCGCUAAUGGAGGUUCCUCCAGCAGCAGUAGCAGCAGCGCGGCCAGCUCAGGCACAGCUGGGGGAAGCCCACCGCUGCCAGCGGUGACCAGUUCGGGGACAGUCACGGGGCUGCAGGGAUCUCCGCCUGCCCACGGGCUGUUUAGCUUUCCUAUGCCCUCUCUACUUGGGUCGGUCGCCUCACGCAUCUCCUCCACCCCGCUCGGCAUGGCCGGAUCCCUCGCAGGGAACUUGCAGGAACUUUCUGCCCGCUACCUGAGCUCCUCCGCCUUUGAGCCCUAUUCGCGGACCAAUGGCAAAGAAGUGCUAGACAAGAAAGUUUUGGAAUGAUCAUUAGGGGUUUCUUUUUGUCUUUGUUGUUGUUGUGGCUUUGAAAUUAGAAUCUGAAACGAGCUCUGAUUAUCUCUCUUUUUUUAAACACUUUCGCCCCCUUUUGUCCCAUCAGUGCUGUUGUAUCUUCUUUCUUUUUCAUGUCGUCAACCUGCACACUUGAUGCCUCUCAGAACUGUAAAAAGGUGGACUCAUACUUUUCAAAAACGAGGAUUUUCAGAGCUUUUUGCACUAAAUCAAAGUUUCUCCAAAUUUGACACAAACGAGAGCUUGAGGAAGGAAUGUAGCAAGAGAUUAUGGAGGGGAAGAGAGAUGAAAAUGCUUUCUGAGGCAAUAUGUUCGGGGUACUUUUUUCCCCGUACACCUUUUUUGGAGCUGGACAGUUGUAUACAGAUUAAAAACUAAUCUGAAAGCUGCUGGGUAAAAAAACAAAAACAACAACAGUACAGAACAUAGAUCCCCUGAUAAAAA